AUGGGAAAGGGAAGCAAGAAGGGUUCGCUCAAGGCCGCACUCUCGUCUCAGCAGUCGCGACUCAAGAAGAAGCAGGAAGCCGCGCAGGCGAUUCAACGUGCGGAACGACUGAAGGCGGCCGGAUCACAAGCCAAGGGGAAGGGCAAAGCCACCGCCGUUCCCUCUCACACGCGUCCAGCCAUUCCUUUCAAACCGACAGAUCGCAUUUUGCUCAUAGGAGAGGGAAAUUUCUCCUUCGCGCGGGCGCUCGUCUGCUCCCCACCCGAAUCACUGGCUUUUCUCCCUGCAACGAACGUCACGGCUACAGCGUACGACACAGAGGAAGAAUGCCGCACCAAAUAUCCAGAAUCAGAAGAGAUCAUUAAGACUCUGAGGGAGAAAGGCGUUCACGUCCUCUUUUCCGUCGACGCCACCAAACUCGAGAAAUGCCAUGCGCUGAAGGACCGGAAGUACAACAAGGUCGUAUGGAACUUCCCACAUGCAGGGAAAGGCAUAACGGACCAAGAUCGAAAUAUCCUGUCCAAUCAACAGCUACUUCUCGGAUUCCUGCGCUCUGUGGCCCCUCUUCUUACGAAGGGGCCAAUACCGUCGGUACGGGUGUCGCGGAAGCGGAAACGCAAUCCGGACGACGACGAAGACUCCGGCGAUGACGGUGGGGCAGACGCAGACUUGCCGGAAGUCUCAUCGGAUACGCCUACCCCGAGAGGUACUGUGUUGAUCACAUUGAGGAAUGUGGCACCUUACACUCUUUGGGACCUUCCUAAUCUUGCGAAAUCCCCUCCUCCCCCAUCGACCGCUCAGCCUCCAAGUCCUCGUUACAUUCAGCUUCGAUCGUUUGCAUUCCACCGCACGCUGUGGGAAGGCUACGAACACAGGAUGACAAAAGGAGAACGCGCUCACGGCCAGGGGAAGACGGGUGAGGGUGGGGAAGAUCGUACUUGGGAGUUUUGUCUUCGACUCCGAGAUUGA